AUGGCGACCUUGGCCCUCCCAACUGGACCAAAGGCGCCUUCUGUAGGCCUCGCCCUACCGACUGCCCAAACCGCGUCUCCAGCAGCCAACUCUCCCGCGCCUGUGGCAGCGCCUACAUUGGCACAGGCUCGCAAGCCUUCAUCAAUGGCCGUCCCGCAAGCCAACGCUCGUCCAGCAGACUCGGGCCGCGCUUCUGCUUCGCCAUCACCCGAGCCAGAGGACGAUGCGGAUGCCGAAGGAGACGAUGAUGAUGAUGAAGCCCUUGGAUCAAGCUCCAAGAAGAGCAAAAGCUCGAAGAAGAAGAAGGGUGCUGCAGCAGUUGGUCUCGGUGGCCUGGACGCCGCUGGCAAACCAGACUACAAGUACACAAACGAGAUCUCCCAAAUGAUGUUUGUAUUCGGAGAAGUCCAGGACCCAUUGCCGGAGACCGUUCGGCUCGUGGAGGACAUUGUCCGCGGCCAAAUCAUCGAGAUUGUUACAAGGGCUCGACUUCUCACUCAUCUGCGCUCUUCGCGUUUCCUCUCUGCUGAAGAUCUCAUCUUCCUCAUUCGGGACGACAGGGGCAAGGUGAAUCGGCUUAGGACAUACCUGAGUUGGAAGGAUGUCCGAAAGCGGGCGAAAGACGACGAAGAAGGUGGUGACGUUGACGUGGAUGACGCCGACAAGAAUGCCGUCAAAGGCCGGAAACCCAUUGUGAAGCUCUCCUGGGAGCUCUUGACGCCCUUCUCCGACUUCCUAAGGUCGUUGCCAACUCAGCAAAAUCGGGCGGAUGAUGACGAGGACGAGGACGAAGACGAGCUGCAAGCACACCAGGACAGCAUGCAACGGCUUAGGGAUGCGGACGAAGUCACCAAGAAGAUGACCAAAGACGAGUAUGUUCACUACUCGGACUGCCGCCAAGCGUCGUUCACAUAUCGAAAGGGCAAGUAG